AAAUUCAUAUGUUUUCUCCCCUUUGGCGAAGAAAGCUGCCGUUGUUAAGAAAUGGACUCCGUUAUACUUUGGAGGGGUACCGUAUUUCAGGAUCAUGAAUUUGUUCUUGAAAGAGUGCAGAGUCUUGAAGUUGGGAAUUUUCCAAUAAGGAUUAUGAUCUCUAAUAAUCUCUUAGUAUUUGUGGCUCGCAGUUCAAGGAUAGAUAUUUUUCCACGUAUUUUUUCCCCAGAUUUUCAGUUCAAUGGCCCUGUUAUGGAGCUCUCUGUUCUACCGAGAGACUUCAGGCUUACUUCUGAUUUCAGAACCUUUUUGUUGGUUGAGUUGCCAGGUCACACUUACCAACUCUUCCUCACUAAACAGGAUGGUGAAAUGAAGAUUGUACCUUUACAAAGUGCUAUGCAGAGUCCUAACCAACAAUGUGAGCCUGAGCUUCUCCCUUCUUCAUGUAUCCACUCCGAUGAUACAUCCUUAUUUGCCGACUGGCUGAGAAGAACGAAUUUUGAGAAGCAUUACAACCCGCAAGCUGUACGGGUGUCUACUCAACAUGAGAACUUCGAAGUCUCGUUUAUGAACGUGAUUUUAUGCCGAUACCACUGGCUGGAAGAGUGUUCCGAUUGGUGAGGCGUGAUGAUGGCACCAUGGAAGGAGGAAAUUGUGAUCUUUGCAUUUCCAGCUUUUUAUCUGCUGUAGAGAAAUUUCAAUCAGAUGAAGGUAGAGGGGUAACCACCUACUUCGGUUGUGGUAAGGCCGUUUGUGAAUAUAAGGUUGAUCGUGAUGUUAUGGCUAGAAUAAUCAUCGACAUCAGGUACACGGACUAUAUGGUUUUGACUUCUUCUGAUGAUGACGAUGAGUAUCAACUCCCUCCACCUAGCCGUGAUCCAGAUGACCCGAAUUACCUAACCGAUAGUUUAGGUACUCCUCAUGGUUACUCCUCAGAUUCCGAUGAGAGUGUCAACAAAGUCAUGAAUGAGGACGAGUAUGACAUGCCUGAGGAGGAUGAGGACAUGUUGGAGGAGGAGGAGGGUAAGGAUGAGGACGAGGAUGAGGAAGUUUCGAGAUUCUUAUAAUAAAUGAAGGAGAGAAGAAGCGGAUUAUUCAAUGUUACAGAUACUUCUGGAAUAUGAACAAGAACUAAAUGAAGCAAAGGGUGGAUCUGGUGACAAAAAGGCUAAAGUAGAGACUCCUCAGAAGUCAGGUGCUGAUGGCAAGAAAGGUGGUGCUGUUCAUCAAGGUACCCCUUUUGAUGGUGGAAAUCGUCAUAGAAGAAUCAGCGAUAGGUGGGCAGGUUCGAGGAAGCACGGCAACUCGGCAACAGCCCAUGACCAGCUUGAAGAAAAACAUGAGGACCUUGUUGCGGAAACGAAGGAAAUUAUUUCUGAUGAGAUGGAGCAGAGUGAUGCAGCAGCAUCUGAAGCAAUUAAUGACUGGGAGGAGUCCAAAACUAAUGAGGAGAAGGAAGCCGAGACCAAGAAAGCCGAGGAGGAGGCCAAGAAACCAGCUGAGGGUGAAAGGAGAAACUAUAGAUCUGGAGGUGGUCGACGCGACAGUGGUGAAGGUGGUCGACGUGACAGUGGUGAAGGUGGUCGAGGUGCAACUGGAGGUGGUCGAGGUGCCACUGGAGGUGGUAGACGUGACGGGUGAAGGUGAUCGUGGUGCCACCACCCCUUACCCCAAGGGAGGAAAGACCCCUGCAAGUGGAGGCAACAACAAGUCAAACAAAUCUCCAGAAUAUACUGGGUCAGUUUCAUGCAAUUCUUGUAGCAAGACAUUUGGUACUGACUCUGCUCUCCAGGCACACUCAAAGGCUAAACACUCAAAGUAGACACAAAUGCUAAAGUUUUGUAGUUGUGAUUUGAGAGGUGGAAAGUACAGGGGAGGGAAAAGUCUAGUCCUUGGGAGUUUUUACUCUGUUGGAGAUUUGGAUUCGGAAAGAAAUAUAGUAGUAGCAUUAUUAUUAUUAGACCUAAGUUUUAGUAUGUGUAUUGCAUUGACUUCUUAAUUUCUGGAUGUAAUGAGUUGGAUUCCUCUCAAAUAUUUGUGGUUUGGUGGUUUAUUAUCAAAUUUAGUUAA